AUGGCGGACUCCGCCGCGGCUUCAGGCGCCAGCGCUGCCGUCGGCGUGGACCGCACCAUCGAGCUGCUGGCGCCAGUGUACGAGGACCUAUGCCCCACAGCUGUCAACGGCGCGACUCGCGUCCCCGUCACGCUGCAGCGCACGGCCGACGACUGGAUCCAGCUCGCCUUCAACAGCCCCAGCGUGCGCAAGGACGUGGCGUGCGUGAACGGCGCCAGCGGCUGCCGCUGCGACUUCGUGCGCUUCCUGCGCGCGCUGCUGCUGCUCAGCGAGCGGCUGGUGCUGCGCGUUCAUGCCACGUACGUCGUGACGCCCCGCGCCGCCGGCCACGAGGACGUUGCUCAGACCUCGGGAGCCACUCAAGCGCCAGUGGCGACGCUUCAACUGCGCGUGCGAGUGCACGAACAGGCCAAACAAGGCACAGUGCUCAAGGACUUCGACUUGGUGCUGUGCCACCUGCAGGCCACAGUGCUGUCCAUUGUGCCGCGCAACGAGCAGGCUCGAAAAGAGGCGGUGAAUGCGUCGUUGGAACAGGCCAAGAACAGCUCGUGCCAUGUUGUGGGCUGCAGGCUGCACCCUUGGGACGCGGACAAGCAGACGCAGCCACCCAAGCAGAAACUUAAUCUGCCCGACGUGUUCCACAGCUUGACGAGUCAGAUGGAGGUGGAUCAGAUGGAGAUCCGCGACGACGCCACGUACGUGGCGCGCAUGACGCGCAUCAACAAGCAGGUCCUCAUGACCGACCUGCCGACCAACGUGCUGCAGAACAUCGUGUGUCUAAUGAACGCACGCGACCUCGCCUCGCUCAGUGGAGUGUGCUCGCUGUUUCAGCACAUGGCGUACGAAGUGGUUCCAGGACUGAACCUCGUACUCUACGAACACCAGCGCAGAGGACUCAAGUGGAUGCUGCGCCGCGAGACCCCGUCAUUGACUUGCAUACCUCAGCCACACCCAUUUAUCCUAUCUUCCGAAUCUCAAAGUGAGUCGGCAACGGCCGUUGAUCUGAUUGAGGACCGAGUCAUCACACAUCGUCACGUGACAGCUAGUGACGCCUGCGGGGGCAUGUUCUGCGACGAGCCAGGUCUUGGCAAAACGAUAACUAUGUUGGCACUCAUCUUACGAACAAAAGGUCAGACGACAGAUAACACACCAGUCGAUACUCGCGACCUGGUGAGCUCUGGGGCGUCUCUGAUUGUGGUGCCUGAUCCGCUGGUUGAGCACUGGAAAUACCAAGUCGAAACUCACGUCGCUCCUGGAGCCUUGCGUGUGUUUGUUGAUCCUGGCGUCGAGCACAAGUUGCCGUUCAACAUUGACCUUGCUGAGUACGAUGUUGUGAUCACUUCGUUCACAAGACUGGCGCGGGAGUGGAGGCUUCACAGACCUACCUCGGCUUUGGAGGAGCGUAUGCCUGAACGAUACGGCUUUGAAGGUCCGCAACGGUAUGCUGAUGGCACUCUUCGUGGAGAGGUUUCUUCUCUGUUGACGGUGCAUUGGGUGCGAGUGAUUGUUGAUGAAGGUCACAAAUUGGGUGGCCAAACUCCGUCAGAUUUAAUGCAGUUGGCUCGCUUGCUGUGUGCCGAAAGGCGGUGGGUAAUGACUGGAACGCCGACACCGAAUACGCUUCAAUCGGCCGAUCUCCGCUACAUGCAUGGGCUCCUAGUAUUUCUACGCAACUUACCUUACGGGAACCCAGAUGGACAAGCCUGGGUGAAGGCGAUCGCUCGUCCUUUCGAGCGCAACGAAAUUGUCGGGUUUUACCGCUUACAGCACCUACUGAGCAGAAUCAUGAUGCGGCACACAAAAGAAUCUAUUCGCGAGAUCUUGCCUCAGCCGGUCCGGCGCACAGUCUUCAUUGACCCAACACCAAGUGAAUACGCCCAAUACAACGGCGUUGCUGCGGCAGUCAGAGCUAACUUGGUUAUUACGAAUAUGGAUCCUAAGACGCCUGGCUGUCAGCAUCCAGAUAGCCUCUUGAACCCAAUCAAUCGGAAGGACGCCCUGCGCGUCGUGUCCAAUCUUCGGUCUGCGUGCUGCGGUGGAUCUGCCGUAAAAAUCUCGCUGGCUGAGUUAUCUCGACUGGAUACAAUCAACAUGCUGAACGACCUUCGCGUUGAAGGGGAAAAUAUGACGGUGGUGCUUGAAUAUCUUCGCAAGGUGCAGCUUCAGGGCAUGGUGACUGAAUGUGGAUGCUGCAAGCGCAAGCUGCAGCUACUCAUGAUCAUACCGUGUGGUCAUCUGUGCUGUGCAGACUGUGUGGAAGAUCGCAUGGCAAGGGUGGGCCCCGUUUGUUUUCGUUGCAAUGCGGUGUUCGACCGUGAGGCCUUUCAACGGCUUCAGCCGGGGUUUGAAUUUGAGAUGGUGGAAGCAGUAGCGCUGGAAACUAACAAUCUCGAUCUGAAUCAAAAUGAGGAAAAUGGCCAACAUGCUCCUCGACAGCCCCGUCGUGCGCUGGAUCUCACUCGCGACAUCCAUUUCAUUGACGCUAGCAAGGCAUUUUACGCUGCCACCCGGAUCAAAGAACUGAAGAAGGAGUUUUUGCUCGGCAGCGUUCAACCAAGCAUUCGUUCUUCGCGACGCCAAGCGCGCUAUUUGAAAGCCAUUAUUUUUUCGCAGUUCAAGGAGCACAUUUGGCACACGAAAGUUGCGUUUGCUCAGCAAGGCGUUCCAACGGCCGAUUUCAUUGCUGGGCUCAGUCCAGAAGUUCGAAUGAAGCAGCUAAUGCGCUUCCGCAAGGACCCUAACGUGAAUGUCCUGCUACUAACAGAGGUUGGCUCCCAUGGAUUGGAUCUCUCCUUUGUCACUCACAUAUUCUUGAUGGACGAGAUCUGGGAUAAGUCGCUGGAGCAGCAAGUUAUUAGCCGCGCUCAUCGAAUGGGUGCAAGUCAAGCAGUGGUGGUGGAGCAGUUGUGGAUGCGAGGCAGCGUGGAGAGUCAAAUGUUGAGACCUCAAGAAAUUGAGGUCGAUCUGAAGGAAAAGAAACCAGAAAUGCUCGCCUCUCCUACUAGGAUCAGCGUACAUGAGGGCGGUUCUCCGGGUAGAUCGCCGAAGAAGCCUAAUACUGGAGGAGGCACCAUGUUUACCGCACCAAGCAAGAAACGCAAGCGACAUCGAAUGCCAGGCGAUGCACGAAAAGCUGCAAAGGGCAACAAGAACACUUUCCUUCAGCGCAAACUAGACUACGUUCUGAAUAAUUUACGGCUGCUGGGAGAAAACAUAGUCGCGGAAGCUGGCCAAGUGCGUUUCCGAGUCGUGGAUGAGCAUGAGGAGGUGAUCCGCCAAGCAGUCCACGUGAUGCCUAAUCGAGGAUCUCACGGGGUCACCCCGUCGGCAGCACCCCUUCCGCCACCGACAGUAACACAGACUGUGUCAGUCGCUCCACCGUCUUCGACACUCAAUGGCUCUGCGCGCUCGCGUUCAUCGGCAAGGCGAACUGUAACAUUUCAAGACGAGCCCAUGUCAAGUUCUUCUUCUCACGUUCCAAUGCCUAAACGUCCCGCUUCGGAUGAUAUCAUAUCGAUUGACAGUUCUUCGGAUGAUGAAGAGUCCAAGGAGAAGGCAAACGAGGACGAGGAUGAUGAGCAAGAUGACAUUGAGGCAACUAAAAUGGUACAGAACGCUCGUCGGCGCUGGGCAAAGCGAAGAAGUAUCAUUGCUGCUAUGAGCUCGAGUGACGAUGACGAUGACGACGGCAAUGAAGUCAAACCGCCGGCCCUGAAGACUAGGGCAGCCAUCAGUGCAAAAGUGAACGGAAACGGUAUUGUGCGGCUGGAAACGAAGAUGAAUCCGAAGGCUAAAGCUGUGUCCUUCACGAUAAUCGACGACGAUGAUUCAGAUACUGCGUCUGAAUGA